UCUACAAUUCUGAGAAGUAAAAACGACGCCGGUUAGGCCGUCUCGUUUAGUAGGGUUUACACGUUUUCGACUCGGCGAGAAAUCAAGGAAAUGAGUUCAGGUUUGUGGGUUUUGCAGAGAAUCGUGAAUUAGGAGUGUUGGUAUUGUGGAUUUUGGGGAUAAUCGUGAGUUUGUGAUCUCUAGUGGGUUUGAAGAAGGAGAAGAGAGUGAGAACAAUCUUCGCUCAAUUUCUUUAAUCUGCUGAUUUUAUGUGUUACUAUUCAAUCGUCAUCUCUGCUAAUUAUUCAAUAUGUUGCCAAAUUCUUAUACUCUUGUCGUGCUUAAUCUCAACUCUCAAGUCUCCAUCUUUGAUUUGCUUUUCGAUAGGAAGGAAUGGCGAACAAGAUCGCAAUGCUGGUCUCGGAAGCAAUGAACAGCAACGCUGUAAUAAACACGUGUCUUGGAGUGUCGUUUGUGGUUCUGGGGGUGAGAUCUGAUAAACAGCAAAAGUAUGUCGAGGCCUUGCAGGAGCAGAAAGAUUCGCUCUCCAAGUCUAACAAGGAGAUGAAAGUUCAAAUGUGGGAGUGGAAACAACAGCUCUUUGCUGAAGCCGCCUCUGCUGGUACUUCCGCGCUUGUUCCUCUGUCCACGCUCAAGGCCAUCUAUGGAGAGAUCACCACACCCACCCAAUCUGGUGUCGCAGUCAAAGAAGAGUCUAAAGUGUCUUCCCCCAGGAUCAUGGUUUGAGAGGAUUUCAGCCUCCUCGAUUUUGCAUUUGUAAACAUCAAAUCGUCUGUUGUUGUGGUUCUAAAAUAAGAUAAGACCCUGAUUUGGGGUGGUUGUUAAGGCUUUUUAUUAUGGGACCCAUUGGUUGAAAGUGGAACUUGCAUGAAGAAUUAAUGACUGGUAACGUGUAUGAAAUCAGGAAUAAUAACGUAA